AUGGAAGAACUCAGGAAACUAUAUGGAAAGUAUCCAUCAAUGCGAAAGCUGGAAGAGCUUGGAGACGCAUACGUUGAAUGGAAUGAUGGUCGCGAAGCUGUACUUCUGCGCUGGCUUUAUGAUCAUCCAAACUUCCCGAAUAUGCGCAACAAUCCCCUGGCCAUCUGCGAAGCCAUGGAUGAAUUUGCCGCUCAGCGAGACUUCCUGAUUAACAUUGGCCCAGACAAAGCAGAAAAGCUCGCUACCCUUAUUGCCGAGACAAAGCCAAGGGUCUUUGUUGAGCUGGGUGCUUACGUUGGUUACUCAGCACUAUACUUGGGAAAUGCAUUGAGAAACACGCAAAAGGACAACCAAGACGCUAAGAACAACGCCGUCUAUUGGAGCCUCGAAGCCGAUCCGGUUUUUGCAGGUAUUACAAUGAACCUUGUGGAUCUAGCUGGCUUAUCCGAUAUCGUAAAAGUGAUCACAGGGAAGGCUGCUGAAUCCCUUGCUCGACUGAAGGAAGAGGGAAAGCUAGGCAGUGUGGAUAUGCUCUUUCUGGAUCACGUUGAAGACCUGUAUGUCGCAGACCUCCAGGUCGCCGAAUCACUCGGAUUGCUCAAGAAAGGGAGUCAUAUUGUGGCAGACAAUGCCCUUCGUCCUGGUGCACCCGAGUACAAACAAUAUGUCAAGGAACACAAAUCCAUGGAGACACGAGCGAUCAUCGGUCUGAUCAUCCCUGGAGAGUUUGAGGAUGAGAUAGAAGUGACAGAAUACAACGGUUAA